AUGGCCGACAUUGCUGGAGAUGUGUCCCUGGGACUUACUUACGCGUCUCACCAAUACGGAAACCAUAGCCGCCAGAAGUUGGGUGUUUGGCGCUUCUCUAGUCGCCCCGACCAAAACUUCAUUCAUGGCGGUGGCUGGCGUGAUCCUCGUAACGAUGAGAACGAUUUCACCCAGAGCAUCAAGCGCAUUGUCAUGUCAGGUGCUGUUGCGACUUUGGACAUCGCCGGUUUCAUCAGUAUCGACUACCGGUUAUCCCCUCAUCCAGAGUUUCCCCAAGAGUCAGCCAGUGCAAAGCACCCCGACCACUUGGAGGAUAUUUGGCUGGCUCUGAAUUACGUACAAGAUAAGUAUGGGCUGUCGGACAAUUACAUCCUGGUUGGCCACUCUGCAGGUGCAACCCUUGCUAUGCAACUUUUGAUGAGUGAUGGCAUUUUCCCGUCUCACCCCAAGGGACCCUUGCCUACUGCCAUUGUUGGAGUAUCGGGCAUUUACGAUCUGGUUGGACUCAACGACAGAUUCAAUGGCGGGUAUGCUGGUUUCAUUGGAUCUGCGUUCGGUGAGGACAAGUCUGAGUGGGGAAAAGCCUCACCGGCCAAAUUUGACAAAAGCUUCAAAGACCAGUGGGCGAAUGGCAAACUGGUCCUACUGGCCUGGUCCCCUGAGGACGGUCUCAUCGAUGAGCCCGAGAUUGACAAUAUGACGACCCUCUUGUCUCAACAAGGAAUCAACUUGGAGGUCAAUAAGGAAUUGAGAGGCGAGCACGACUAUGUCUGGCAAGACGGCAGUCAAAUCGCUCGACUAGUCAUCACCACCCUUCACCACUUGCGCAGGGUACAAUAA